GUUGCCCAACGAGCUGCGGCAAUCUGAGCGUCGACUACCCCUUCGGCAUCGGAUCCAGGUGCUCCCGUGGUCCAGAUUUUAAUCUCACUUGCAACGACACCACUAAGCCCCCCACGCUCUUCCUGAGCGACGGCAUCAGCGAGGUGCUCGAUGACCUUGCCGUUAGCUAUCAGGAUGAUGGCAAUCUUCAUCUUGACAGAAUCUUCAGUACCUCCUUCCGGCAUACCAUCCUCAUGAAACCUGGUGUCCAUGUCUAUGACUGGUCUUUCAAACCGCCCGGGAGGUCCUUUGAGUACAUCGGGCAAACAGCUCUAAACAUCACCGGCUGUGACCUGGACGUGUAUUGGGUCAAUGACAAUGCCGGCACUACCACACGGGCCUGCAGAACUGUGUGCCCAGACCAAGGGAUCACAGAGACGGUGGCUAGGCACCAUUGUAACGGCACCGGCUGUUGUAGUUUUAAUGUUGGUGGCCUUGACAAUGGUGCUUUUCACCUUACAUUUGUCCAGGGGCACAAAAAAAUCAACAACGGUGCAGGGUCUAAGUCUAACCGGACUGCUCCACUGUGGGAUAGAAUCAGUAUAACAGAUGAUGGUGGUGUCAUGAUUUUGUGGCAAAUAGUGGAUCAACCCAACUGUGUUGCUGCCAUGCGAGACAGGACAGCAUACGCCUGUGUCAGCAAACACUCCGACUGCUACGAUGUAGAAGGCUACAUCUGCGUCUGCAACCCCGGCUAUUCAGGCAACCCCUUCAUUAAAGAAGGCUGCUCCAAAGACAAAGGGUAUAAUCCAAUUCCGAGUAGGGUUGACUGUACUCGUCGGUGUGGUAACAUUACUGUGGAAUUCCCGUUUGGCUUAGAAGAGGGUUGCUUUGCCCGGGAAGAGUUUCACCUCAACUGCACAAAUACAACGUCAUCGACUGUUCUAAUGCUGGAGGAUUUUGAGGUGGCCGGCAUGAAUAUUGAAAAAGGGACCUUUGAGUACAACGACCAUAGCCCUGUAGAACAAAUAUCUAGAGGACGCAUCCUUUUUGUGGGUUAUGAGUUUUUAUCCUCUCUGCAGUGGGUAGCUGCCAAUCUAAGUUGCCUAGAAGCCCAACUUGAUACAUCUGGAUAUGCUUGUGUGAGUAUCAACAGCAGGUGCGUGGGAGUAAAUGCUACAAUUGACUAUAGAUUUUCUGAAGCUACUAAAGAAGACACCUAUGUCGGUUAUCGUUGUAAAUGCACUGACGGCUUCAAAGGAAACCCAUACAUCCAAAAUGGCUGUCGAG